AAGUUCUCUUAGUUCUUUUGUGCUUACAUUUUCGCCCACGUUAUAAAACAUGAUGUAAUUAAUGGCUUCAAGGUUUCUGCUGCUGCACUUGGGGAGUUGUCUCAAAGCUACAGAAAGAUGCUGACUGCUGGGUAAUUACAUGGUGUGUUGGUUUAUACCAGGUCAGUGUGAUCCUUACGGGCUCUACACCCACAGAGACAGAGUUCACCUCCAAAUAUAUACUGCUGCAGGACACAGUAUAGACAAGUUGGCCUUGUAAGUACAAGUUUACAGAUCUAUCUAGUGAUACGCCUUGCCUCUUGUCUUCUUGCUGGUGUAGAGUUGACAUUUUGUCUGUAAGAUCUAUGAUUGUCAGGUCUGACAUGGUGAAGUUGAGUGGUGAUCGAUCUUUAAAAAGUUUGUUAUCAUCUGUGACAUUGUGGAAAUAACUUGAAAAACUGUGCAAACAGAUCAAGUCAUUGUAUGGAUUGAAUGGAUGGUGAAAGAGUGACAAAAACAUGGCUGGGAGUAUUCAUUUGUUUUCCCCAGGAACAUGUAGCAGUGUGUUGAAAACGUUGAAGUACAAAGAUGUGGUAGAUAUACAACACUUGAACAUGGAUGAUCUUGUCUGUCAGAGCUAUAUGUAUGGUGCAGGUGACAAUCGAGCGAAUUUCAUCUUUAAUAACCUGAAUAGUCCUGCCUCGUUUUCUCAAUCCGAUCAGCCAAUAGUGUUUGGUUGUGAAGGAUCAGAAUGGAUAGAUCUGAACAGAAAUGUCUUGCUCACAGAAUCACAUACAAAGAUUACGAAUACUUUCAGUGCUGGAGAUAGUGAAUAUCCUGAAGUCAUACAGGGACCAAACAGUGAUUGCAUUCAGAAGAUGCAGAAUGAAACAGAGCUGGACACUGAACCAAAAUCAAUGCAUAAAGAACUGAAAGCUGCACACGAUGCCUUGCACCUGACACAGUCUCGUUUCCAUGACUACCAGGUGAAGACGAACCUCAUCGUGACAUCGCUGAAGGCUCAGCUUUACAAGAAGGAACAUGAGUUGCGAUGGCAGCGUGAACACCAUGAGCGACAAGCCAAAAAAAUAGUGUCGCAUCUGCUGUUCUUAGAAGGACAGCUGCGUAAAGAUCAGAAACAGAUCUUAGAACUGCUGCAGGAAAAAGAAAAGCUGAUCAAACAACAGAAAUUCGAAAUUGACAGUUUGACCACUGCCAAUUUGAAGCUCUUGACAGCUUUAAAAGAAUUUCAUAUUCCACUUGGAAGCAACGGCGUUCAUGAAAACCGGCUCAUACAGGAUGACUUCAGCCUCAAGCAGAGGUCAGUCUCAGAGUUCGACAGGAAUAGAGCACACAAGAAGAAGUUCACAGAGAUGCGUGAGAGGUUACGUCGCCAUCGCAGCAGCUUUGAGCUGCACAAUCCUGAGCCUCUGGAAACUCUUGAAGAAGGAGCAUUUCGCUAUGGCAGUCAGGACAACCUGAGUGAUUCCAAGGAAUUAAGCAUUGACAUUCUGAAGGAGAGGAGAAUGAGCAUGCCUUGCCAGAAGGAAAGACCUCGGAGUCUUACAGACUUUCCACCCAAAAUAACAGAAUACCCAUUGCUGGAGUUACACAAGGAAUGUGAUCUCAAAAUCGAGGAUCUGGACCUGGAGGAUGAAGAGGUGGAUAAGGCUGAGGAUGAAAUAUUUGAAAAUGGAGAUUGUGAACAGUCGUGUCUGACAAAAUCUAACACUGUGCCGCAGGAACUGUCACAGAUUGUUGUGAAUGGUCAAAACAGAAACAACAGUAAAAAACAGAGACCUCUUUCAGAAUCGGGUCUCGGCCUCAUUCCAUUGGAGAAGGGGUCCAAAUCACCCAACAAAACAAGUCCACAGGGUCAUAGUCCAGGGGAGACAAAUCCAUUCAAAAGCAUAAAGACAAUGUUAAGGCGUAAAGGGAGCAAACUGAAGAACAAGAAAAGGUCUGUGUCCUUGCCUCAGGGUGCCAAUCAGGAAUACUAUGAGGCUCUGAAGAAACAUUUUGACAAAUAUGAUCUGUCCUGAAGUUAUUCAUUCUUGGUUUAGUUUGCCCACAAAACUGCUAAUUAAACAGACAAUGUGAAGACUUAACUGAGACCUUUCUGUGAAUGUUCCAAACAACCUUGAAAAUGUAACUAUUCUACAGUUGGUAUAUCCAAAUGAGGUAUAUCCAGUUUCACCAAAAAAUUUACUUUAAAAAUAUAAUAAUUGUUACACACUCAGAAGAGCCUUUGGACUUUUCCAUAAAUAUCCCAAAACUCCAUAAAGGUGAAUUAUUUCACAAUUGAUACAUCACUUGCACUUUUUAUUUAUUUAUUUUAUUAAAACAAAUUUCUUAAGAUUCAACAACUCCCUGAAGGUAUAGUUAUUUUUCACUCAGUAUACAUUCAAGCUUAAAAUGUGUACUUUCUUGUCGAUGUCACAAAAAUACCCCGAAGGUGAAUAAUUCAUCAAUCAGAACAUCCUUAGUGCUUUUUUCUAAAACAUAUUGAAGGUCAAAAAUAUUUUACAGCCAAGUACCGGCAUAAUCCGAGUUAUUAUAGCCAGUGUAAAAUAUGUGUGACCAUUACAGCAUUUUUAUCGUUAAAUUAAUUUUUUGAUUAAAAUAUCAAAUGGUGUAUGUAGUAGCAUAAAAUGCUUAUUUUGUGAAGCAAGAAACGUCUGCACAGAUCUGUGUAUUAUAAAUGUUAACUUGUGAGUGCAGUUAAGUGCCUUUAAAAUAAAUUUGGCUCAGUUGUGUAUGUUUGUGUAACAUUUAGGUGUGAUAUGAUUUGAAUAAAACAAAUUUACAGCUCUCAGAAUUCAUAUCUUGUGAUUUAAAUUUAGUCCGGAUAAUAACAAGCAAAUAUCUGAUAAUGAUAACCACUGCCAUGAGAGGCUGAAUUGAGGUAUAUUAAAUUUGUUAACAUUUUAAAAAAACCCAGGAUGAUUACCAUGAGUUUCUACAGUCAAACUUAAUAGACAAGGCCACUUUAAUUGGUUUCAAUGCAUUAAGGAGGUGCCUGGGAUCUAAUUCACAAAGAUCUCUUGGGCUCUGUUAGACAACAAAGCAUCCUCUUUGCAAGUCUUUUAGCAUUGUACUGUGAGAUUGCAAAGUUGCGAGAGUUUAGUGAAUUAGGCCCCUGGUCCAUGUAUAAUAUGAAGGUCCAGCUAUCAACUAGAAAUUUCCAGUCCAGGUUUGAUUAAAAGUGCUAAUAUUUAAAAUAUGUUUAAAGAGUUUUGCCAUAGGCACAAACUCAAAACAUUACCAAAGACCACCUUCUUUACAUUUGAGAAAGAAAUAUCUUCAUUCACAACUGUUGUUGAUCAGACUUCUCAGGCCUCUUGAGCCUUGAAACAAUGCAUAACCUAUUUAUGGAAUAUGCAGAAAUAAAUUUAGGUAACCCAUUUCCUAUUUGCUUAACUGGUUAUGUCCAUGAAAAUGAUAUUCUAAAGUUAAUACACAAAAGAAAAAUAGGUUAUGCAAAAUAGAUUUGCGAAACAAAACGAUUGAUCUAACAAUUUUUAGAGGCUUGCUUUGUAUCACUGGCUGUUGCUUAAGAAUAAAAAAAACUUACUAACAUUUAUUUACAUGUGUAUGAAAAAAAUAAAUGGAAUGUCACACGUCUUCAGAUAAAACAUUUGUGCAAAUUA